AUGGCACAGCCGCCAAGGCAGCCCAUAGGAGAGGAGAGGCCGGAUCAGGAGCAGUUCGUGCCGAUCGUCAAGUCUGUGGGCGAACAGAAAAGCGACGGUUCCUACUUCUUUGCGUACGAGGGCGCCGAUGGCAGCUUUCGCGAGGAGGUGGGCAUUAUUAAAAAUGCAGGCACAGAAAAUGAGGAGCUGGAAAUAUCGGGCACCUAUCACUACUACGAUGCCAAUGGUGACAAGGUAGAAGUUAGCUAUGUGGCCGAUAAGAACGGCUUUGUGCCACAAGGCACAAGCAUACCCAAGGAAAUAUCUGAGGCGGCACGUAGUCCUGUACAAAAUACUACCACAAAAUAA